AUGGAAAAUAGGAAAAGUUUGUUAGAGAAGAAAGGAACAAACGAAGUUGUUGUCAUGAUUCCAGGCGGUGAGCACCAAAGCACAGGUUCUUCAUCAAGAUCCAAUCUUGAUCCAACAGAGAUUAAGAAUCUCCAAUCAAGAGAACAGAGUUCUGCUCAAGGAAUCACUCGAUCUGGCCCAACACCAAGUAAGCCUCGCAUAAAUCCCACUGUUCAUAUAGCUAAAAGCAAGUUCCUUUCGAAGCGGAAAUCGAGAUUUGAAGAAGCAUCAGGUCCUAGUCAUGCUGCUUCAGUUAAGGACAAUACCCAACUGAAGAUUAAAGAGAUUUUGCCUAAUGUUGGUUUGCCUCACAAUGAUACCAGUGCUAAUGCCACUAGAGACAGUGCAAAAGCCAUGCCAAACGUGGCUCAAACGCCUCGUUGGAAGGCUGCCAAAGAGGGAGAUGAUGAGCAGCCGUACAAGGCUGCAAAUUUGAAGGUCGAAGAGACGGCCAGCAAGAAAUCCAUCAAGAAUGUUAUCUGGAUCGAGUUGGCAGCAUUUGUGUGCAUUAUGGGACUUCUGAUUGCGACUUUAACCGUUCACAAGUUGAAAAAUACAGAAAUUUGGCACAUGGAGCUGUGGAAAUGGUGUGUGCUGGUGUUGGUGAUCUCUUGUGGUAGGUUGGUGAGUGACUGGUUGAUUAACACAUUGGUUUUGUUGAUUGAGAAGGUCUAUUUGCUCAAACAUAAGGUCCUGUACUUCGUCUAUGGAUUGAAGGACAGUGUCCAAAGGUUUAUUUGGUUAGUUUUCAUUCUUUUAGUUUGGGUUUCGCUGAUGAACCAUGGAGCAGAGCGAUCAACGCAAGAGAGGGAGACUCUACAUUAUGUGACAAGGGCUAUUGCUUCUUGUCUUAUAGGAGCUGCUCUAUGGCUUGUCAAGACACUGUCAAUAAAAUUAGUUGCAGCUUCUUUUCAAUGUGAGAGGUUCUUUGAUCGCAUCCAAGAAACUCUCUUUCACCACUAUGUAGUCAAGACCCUUUCAGGGCCGCCUUUGAUGGAACAGGAAGAAAAGCUCCAUGGGCAGCUCAGUUUCAAGAAGUACAUCAGAGGAGUGUCGAAGAAGCUAGAAGAGGUGGUCGAUGUAGAGAAGCUGAGUAAGAAAGGGUUGGUUAACGUCAUUAGUGACUCAUCCCUAGGGGUUUCAUCUCUUGUUGGAAGCCUUGAUCAAUACUGUGGUGAGGACACAGAGCAACAAAAUAAGGAAAUCACUAAUCAAUCAGAAGCAAUGGCGACUGCUGACGAAAUAUUCAAGAAUGUCACCAAGAAGUCUGGACAUGAGUACAUUGAUGAGAAGGACCUCUUGCGCUUCAUGAAGGAGAAAGAUGUUGACAAAUUCAUUCCUUUGAUUCCAGGAGCGGCAAAAACUGGAAAAAUCAAUAGGUCAUCUUUAGAGGAAUGGCUAGUGAGCGUUUACCUUGAAAGGAAGUCCCUCACCUACAGCUUGAACGAUACAAAAACGGCCAUCGAGGAGCUGAACAGGCUUGCUUCAGCAGUUCUGCUGGUUGCUAUCAUUAUCGUGUCGUUACUUAUGAUGGGAGUUUUGACGACGCAAGUACUUGUCUUCAUUUCAUCCCAGCUUUUGCUUGUGGCAUUUAUGUUUGGGAACACUGUCAAAACAUUGUUCGAAGCCAUCGUUUUUGUUUUCGUGAUGCAUCCCUUUGAUGUUGGUGACCGUUGUGUCAUCGAUGGAGUGCAGAUGGCGGUUGAAGAGAUGAAUCUCCUGACAACAGUCUUCCUGACAAAUGACGGCGAAAUGAUAUUCUACCCAAAUUCAGUUCUGUCCAACAAACCCAUCAGCAAUUUCUACAGGAGCCCCAACAUGGGUGAUGCCGUGGAGUUCACCGUUGACUUCUCCACUUCGCGCGACAGCUUUGCUGCUUUAAGGGAUGAAGUGAAAAGGUACUUGGAAGAUAGGUCUGACUAUUGGAAGAAGGAUCACAGCUUUGACGUUUCUGAGAUCGAAGACAUGAACAAGUUGAAGAUGACUCUACACGUCCGUCACACGAUAAAUUUCCAAAACCCAGGAGACAGGAGCACCCGGAGAUCAGAGCUCGUGUGGGAGCUGAAGAGGAUCUUCGAGAAACUCGGUAUCAGUUACCGUCUGCUUCCUCAAGAAGUUCGAGUCAGCUACACUGGUUCAGCGCCUGCUGAUGCGAGAUUCUGACUCCUCGAUGUGCGAA